GCGCCGGGAUCGCUCAACGCGAGAACAGAGGACAUUGUCCCGCGUCUGUUGUCAGUAACCGUCCCGCUCUUCCCUCUUCUUCUCCAGGACACCGCGGUCUCCACAGCCUGCCGUCCCCGCGACCGCGCGCCCCCUGCGCUGCGACGCCCGGCGCCGGGUCGCUCCGGUCGCAUUCCCCUGGAGAGCAGCAGGUUCCUCCCCUGGAAGCUGGAUGAAUCAUUGUGGAGUUGGGAACAAGUGCGAGAAGAAAGCCGAGGCUCGGGAUCUGCCUCCUGCUGCGUCCAGAGAAGAGAAGAAGACUCGGCCAGAGGAGGGGACGAUCAUGGAGGGGACGUCCCUGUGUCUGUCCUUUGUCAUUUUACUCCUGCAAUGUUCCCCGUCUGUCCCUGUUACCGUGUCGACCACCAAACACAAGGUGGAGGUGCGUGAGUUCUCAGACGCGGUGCUGACCUGCCUGUUCCGCACUGAGCGAGACCAGAGUCCACGCAUCGAGUGGAAGAAGAGGGGCAAAGAUGUUUCCUUCGUCUACUUUGACGGACAAUUCCGAGGUCCGUUUGAAGGCCGCGCGACCAUCAGCGGAGCCACGGUGACGCUGCAGCGCGUGACGCAGGAGGACGCCGGAGAAUACAGAUGUGAGAUCAGCGCUCCUCUGGACUCUGUGAGCCUGGGAGAGACCAACGUGACGCUCAAAGUCCUGGUUCCCCCUCACACGCCGUCCUGUCAGAUCCCCGGCUCCGCAGUGACGGGCUCUGUGGUGCAGCUGCGCUGUCAGGACCAGCAGAGCAUCCCGCCCGCGACCUACUCCUGGUUCAAGAACAACAUGCCUCUGAGUCAGCCUCGCCAGGCCAACGCCACCUACGUCAUCGACUCACGCACAGGAGUCCUGGAAUUCAGAACUGUUGCCAAAGAGGACACCGGGCGCUACAGCUGCCUGGCGUCCAACGGCGUGGGACCACCGAAGAUGUGCGAGGGCAAGCACAUGACGAUAGAGGACGUGAACAUCACGGCGAUCGUGGCGGCGGUGGUGGUGGUGUGCCUGGUGGUGGUGGUGUGCGGCUGCGGCGGAGUCCUCUUACACCGCAAUGGGUUCUUCAGCCGACACAGAGGAAGGUCCUUUUGGAUCUCCCAGUGUCACGGUGCAGACCACAUCAGCAGCCAAACCCUGCACACAACAGAGGACACAUCCAAUGUCAACUACAUCCCUCCGCCCCAAGAACCCCAGGAUUUCAAACACACGCAGUCAUUCAUGCUCUGAGAAGCUGGCCUUUCUUUGAGAACUCAUCAUCCGUGCGAUUUGGUGCCAACACUGGAUUUUGUUUUUUGUUUUUUCUCCUCCCUAAAUCCUGAACGAGCUCUUGAACUUCCUUUCCACCACGUGACCAUUUCAAUCUUCUCCCUCCGACCUCUCUCCUUUUUGGACGGAUGGAAAAAUGUGCAAGGCGUCUUCACUCUGUUUGCUUUGCUCUGUGGCUUUUAAGUGGAUUAAAGUCCAGUUUCGUGGCACUCUGCUCCCCCCUGGUGGUCAGAUGUUGAAGCACCAGUUUCUCCUCUGACUGACCCAGAGGCACCUUUUUCUUCCCUCUGCAGGCCAAUUCUUUCACUCUUGUUUUCAUUUACCAAAGACUGAUUGAUUGAUUUCGAUGAUUUAGUUGUUUAUUUGACUACAGGAUUCCCUCGUUAAAGCCAUAGUGUACUCAAACAUGAAUGCAGUUGUACCUCAGCCUGUAUCGUCUUAACACAAAUUACCAGACAAAGCCAGUCCUGGAGAGUAGAAAGCAGCUCCAGCCACUUCUAUUGAGACCAACCCCAUUCCAUCCUAAUGUGCCUGCAUGGUCUUUUUAUACACAUAAAUAUAUAUCUAUAUAUAUAUAUAUAUAUAUAUACCUUGUGCCUUUUAAUUUGUCUGUCAUUUAUUAUGGAUCACAGUUUUUUGUAAAGAAUAUUUGCCUUACUUCUUUCUGUCUUUAUAUUUUUGUGCCACUGUUUGUCACUGUUUAUCAAAUACUGGAGUGUCUGUUGUUUUUAGACGGCGUGAAUGGAUUGAUCAGAGUUUUAUUUGAACGGUGUAUCAAUAAUAAAAGUUUUUUCUAUUCAAACCUA